AGAACUGAUCAAAUCGAGAUUAGAUGCUAAUCUGAUUGCCGUUGCAGGAAACCGCCAUGGCGCUUGCAAGUGCAGUUUGGGUUUUCACUUCAUGGGCUUGGCUGGUGCAAGGAGUAGACUUGGAGGAAUCCGUAGUUCCUCCAGAUGACUGCCAGGAGUCGAGUUUGAAGCUCUUGCAGAUGAAGGCCUCCAAAGAGGGGAAGAACCAAUGGCAAGACGGCCAUUGUGUUGGACCACAUGGCGAUCACUGGUGCUACACCUACUCUGAGCACGUGUGCCACGACCGCCGAGACAAGGGCUGCGAGUGGAGGCGUGAAGAACGACCCGAGCCACCCAGCAACACAGGAUCCAUCAAUGCAGGAUCGUGCUUUACGAUGGUUGUGCCCCCCGCUCAAGCUUGUUCUGGAGACCAAGGGUCCUGCGAAUCAGUCCCUGGAUGCUCUUGGAUCUCCACGGGUGGGGGUGGCGGCAUUGGCGGCGACGAUAUCGGCGGCAUCAACACUGGGAUUGGUGGCAUGAGCGGUUUGUGUACUGGCAUGCCAGACUUCGCCAUGCAGCGGUCUUGCUUUGGCCUGCCAGAGGGUGCGUGCCGAAGUCGAAUGGACUGCAUGUGGGGGGGCUAAAGCUCUGUCCCGUCCCUUGGAAAAGACAAGGGGGGCCAAAGUGUCUGAAACAGUGCGCAACAACAGCAGCGGCAGCAGCUGCAGACUCUCCGGAAUCAUCUGCU